AUGGAGAUCUGUCGUGUGCUCCUCCUUGUCUUCUCCACAGCCGGGCUGGCCCUGUGCUACGAGCACGAGACACGCCUCGUAGAGGACCUGUUCAGGGACUACAACAAGGUCGUGCGGCCUGUCGAGGACCAUCGGGAUGCCGUUGUCGUCACGGUUGGGCUGCAGCUCAUCCAGCUUAUUAACGUGGAUGAAGUAAAUCAGAUUGUAACAACCAACGUGCGUCUGAAGCAGCAAUGGACAGACGUCAACCUGAAGUGGAAUCCAGAAGACUAUGGCGGCGUGAAACAAAUCCGCAUCCCAUCAGAUGACAUCUGGCGCCCGGAUCUUGUCCUUUACAACAAUGCAGACGGUGAUUUUGCCAUUGUUAAAUACACCAAAGUCCUUCUGGAACACACAGGAAAGAUCACUUGGACGCCACCUGCCAUUUUUAAAAGUUACUGUGAAAUUAUAGUCACGCACUUCCCAUUUGACCAGCAGAACUGCAGCAUGAAGCUGGGAACUUGGACGUAUGAUGGUACGGUGGUGGUUAUUAACCCGGAGAGCGAUCGUCCUGACCUGAGUAACUUCAUGGAGAGCGGCGAGUGGGUGAUGAAGGACUACCGGGGCUGGAAGCACUGGGUUUACUACGCUUGCUGCCCCGACACGCCCUACCUGGACAUCACGUACCACUUCCUCAUGCAGCGCCUGCCGCUCUACUUCAUCGUCAAUGUCAUCAUUCCCUGCCUGCUUUUCUCAUUUUUAACUGGGUUGGUUUUUUAUCUGCCCACAGAUUCAGGUGAGAAAAUGACUCUCAGCAUCUCUGUCUUGCUGUCUCUGACUGUGUUCCUUCUGGUCAUUGUGGAGCUGAUUCCCUCCACCUCCAGCGCAGUGCCUCUGAUAGGCAAAUACAUGCUGUUUACCAUGGUGUUUGUCAUCGCUUCAAUCAUCAUUACGGUCAUCGUCAUCAACACCCACCACCGCUCCCCCAGCACUCACACCAUGCCGCACUGGGUCAGGAAGAUCUUUAUUGACACAAUCCCAAACAUCAUGUUUUUCUCUACAAUGAAACGACCAUCCAGGAAUAAACCAGACAAAAGGAUUUUUGCAGAAGAUAUUGAUAUUUCUGAAAUAUCUGGGAAGCCAGGUCCUAUGCCUGUCAACUUCUACUCCCCGCUUACCAAAAAUCCAGAUGUGAAAAAUGCUAUAGAGGGAAUCAAAUACAUUGCGGAAACGAUGAAAUCGGACCAAGAAUCCAGUAAUGCUGCAGAAGAGUGGAAGUUUGUUGCGAUGGUGAUUGAUCAUCUUCUCCUUGGUAUAUUUAUGCUAGUUUGUAUUAUUGGAACACUAGCUGUAUUUGCUGGUCGCCUGAUUGAAUUAAAUCAGCAAGGAUGAACAUCAGAUGGAAACUAUUUGCUGCCCUGAAACUCCUGGUCCAGCAAAGAGGAGGGAAUGUUCCUUGUUGUGGGAAGGAUCCACAGCCAGUUGACUCUCGCAUGUAUUUAUUGCUAUCCAGGCCCACGAUAAAGGACUUGCAGAGGAGGAUUUUUCACCCUCUUUUAUCGCUGAGCCCUGCUCUGUGGCCACCCAAGUAAGCUGCAGACAGAGAGCAAUCACACCUUGGUACCCACUCUCCAUUUUGAGUGAUGAGUAAUUGUGGGGGCAGCUUCAAAUUAUGAGUGUUUAGUAUGACAUCUUAAACACAAUUCUCUGUCCCCUGCUCUGCUGAAAUAUAUCAUGAGCAUCAAAGUCAGAUACACCAUCACAAAGAAUAUUCUUAUGGAAAGCGUGAAUACUGGUUCUACUCCAUGUGACAAAACGAUAGAACCUCCACCCCUCAAAUCUCCUGAAUUAACCAAGCUUUCUUCAAAUGUUGAGCAGCAGCUCACUCUAGUGACAAAACCGAGUAGUGCUGUUUUUGUCCAAAGACAUUUGAUAUUGUAGGGUUGUUUUUUUUUCAGUAAAUGUUCAACCCAGGCAACAAGCUUAUG